UGCAGACGUGGCGCCGUCAGCUCUAGGCCUGGCCUGUCACCGAGAAGCCCGGGGAAGAGGUUGCAUGGAGGCACGCAGCGUCAUGGCGCUUCCCAGGAGAAGGCCCGGUACCGGCACCGAAUUCUCAUGACAAAAUGACAGGGAAAAACCAGAAUUUCCAACUUCCAGCGGUAAUGCAGCCUACAGUGGAUAGCCAUGGACAUCCAUUUGGGAAUGGUAUCAGUUCUGACAGUGAUGUUUUGGAAGAUGAAACAGAGGUGUAUGAACUACGGCCCAGAGGAAGGGAGAAAGUUCGUCAAAGUUCAACAAGAGAGAGAACUGAUGAUGUGAUAUUUAUAACCAAGGAUAUUCAGGAAGGAGACACCUUAAAUGCAAUAGCUCUUCAGUAUUGUUGUUCAGUAGCAGAUAUCAAAAGGCUGAAUAAUCUUAUCACAGAUCAGGACUUCUUUGCACUGAGAUCUAUUAAAAUUCCAGUGAAGAAGUUCAGCGUAUUGACUGAGACGCACUGCUUUACAAAAAGCAGGCAAGUUUCAAGAUCUGCCUCUACUUCACACUCUGCAGAUUUCCCAGAUGCAACCCACACUCUUGAGAACACUACUGAGACGGUUGGCAACUUCUUGAAAGUAGUGGAUCGUGAUAUAGAACAAAUAGUGAAGUGUAAUGCUACGAAGAGAGAGAAUCUUAAUGAAGUUGUUUCUGCCUUAUCAACCCAACAGCCAAGCUUUGAAGCAGAAGGUAAACCUAUCAAACGGAAAGAUCCUUACUAUGGAGCAGACUGGGGUAUAGGAUGGUGGACAGCUGUAGUGAUAAUGGUAGUGGUGGGCAUAGUAACACCUGUUUUUUAUCUUUUGUACUAUGAAAUUUUAGCUAAGGCUGAUGUCAGUCACCAUUCCACAGUAGAAUAUUCCCAAGUGAUGGCACCACCUUAGUCAGAACCACUACAAAAUGAAAUAAAUCAUCAAGCCUCAUGAAGACUGAAGAGUUUUUUUCUUUUUGCUUUAUCUUCUAAAUUCUUGGGCAUCUAUUGAGCAUGUUCAAUUUAAAAAGAGAGAAAUGAAAAACAUGCCCUGUGGAGUUUGAAAAUAGCUUUAUUUGUAUUGGUAUUUAAUAAAAAGGUAAUUUGUUACCUUGUUUAAUAUAUAAUGGAAGUUGCCUUUUCCAGUGCCAGUGUGGCAUAGCAGUUAAGCAUAAAACUAGGAGGGGGAGAUCCGGGUCAAAUUCAUAUUCCAUGAAACUUGCCAGGUAACCUUGGGCCAGUCACUCUCUCAGCCUCACCUACCUCACAGGGAUGUUGUGUGGAAAAAUGGAGGGGGAAGGAGGAGCGAGAACUGUAUACUGCUUUGUGUUCCUUGGAGGCAAGAUGGAAUGGAACUUCACUAUGUGAGAUUGUUGAUGAAAACGCAACUGCCUGAACAGAAAUGCUUGGUCAAGCCAAAAUAGUUGGAUAUAAGCUGAGGCAUUCGUACUGAAAUUAAAGGGAUUGGGUCUAUUUUUAAUUAAAGUACUUGAGUUACAGAUACCAUAAUCUUUGGAGAGCUUGUCAUCAUAUAUGCUGAAAAACAGUUCUGCUUUGGAAGUUUUAGCAGUAUGUUUUGGGUUUUUUUGCUGUCAAGUCACAUCUGAUUUAUGGCAACCUCUGGUGGGAUUUUCAAGGCAAGAGACAUUCGGAGGUGGUUUGUCUCUGUGACAUGAUUCUGCCUCUGUGACAUGAUUCUGCUAUUCCUUGGAGGUCUCCCAUCCAAAUAAUUGCUAGGGUUAACCCUGCUUUGCUUCUGCGAUCUGGUGAGAUCACACAAUCCAGGACAGGGCAGCAGAAUGAAAACUUCCUAAUUUUAAAAAAGAUAUAAUUAUGACUACAAUACAAGUAAUAAAUGCUGGGAUUAUAAUAUUUCAGUGUCAGCCUUUCCAAGAAAUUCUGUUCUGCUUCACUUGGCACUAAGCUUCCUAGAAGAGGCUCCAGGCCUUCCGGGCUUUUCAGUUAGUCUGCAAACUAAGGCCCCUUCCGCACAUGCAGAAUAAUGUACUUUCAAUCUACUUUCAAUCUACUUUCAGUGCACUUUGAAGUCGGAUUUUACUGUGUGGAAUAGCAAAAUCCACCUUCAAACAAUUGUGAAAGUGGAUUGAAAGUGCACUAUUCUGCAUGUGCGGAACGGGCCUACAGAGCUUUUGGGGCAGAAGGGGAAUACCUAUUGGUGGCAGAGAAUAAGAUCUUUUUAGACUGGUUUUAAAGUUUUACAUCUAUUUUUAAUGUUUGCUUUCUAAAAUUGUUUUUACACUAUUUGCAGUGACAUAUUCCAGCAAAUUUUGUGCUAGCUGCAUCUGUUUUCAUUUCUAAUGGACAUAUUGCUGUUUUCCAGAAUAUUCCACUGUAAACUAGGGCCCCUUCCGCACACGCAAAAUAAUGUGUUUUCAAACCACUUUCACAACUGUUUGCAAGUGGAUUUUGCCAUUCCGCACAGCUUCAAAGAGCAUUGAAAGCAGUUUGAAAGUGCAUUAUUCUGCAUGUGUGGAAUGAGCCUAGGAGACAAUCACUGUGUCUGAUAAAUCAGUAAUUUGGCAAGGAUACAGAGAUAUCCUUGUUACCUGUCUCCUCAAUGGUCUGAUUUGACUAGGAGUGGUGUUGAAGUAAAACUUGGAAUUGUUAAACCUCUUAAACACAUAUUUCAGUAAGAAGCUCAUGAAGUUCCAUUGAAAUAAGUGGAAAAGUAUUUAGGAUAUGAUUACUAGUACAACACAUGGUCAAUCCGGAAAUCAGCUAUUCAUCUAAGUACAUUGUUCAAUGGAAAUGGAUGUAAAAUAAGUAAAUAUUUUAUUUAAGUUGACCACUGCUACAAGUGAUAUAUAUCUUUUAAAAUUUUCAAAAUUUGUACAAUGCUUAUGGCAAGAAUCUUUUAAAGUUAUAACUUUCAAAGCAGUAUAAAUUGUAAUAAAGUAUUUUUUCAAAUA